UCGCUAUGGUACGUUGAUUCCUUUUCAUAAACGCCAAUUAUGCAUCAGACUAAUCAUUCAUGAAUCUCGAACCGAGAUUGCGUAUUGGCAAUGUUGGGAUGUGCCCGGGUCUCAUAUUGUCCUGUCCUGAGCAUGGGGGGAUGCCCACUCUGUUCAACAACAAUGCUCUUUUGGAGGUCCCCUAAAAUUCCAAUCUUAGUCUCUGAUCUCUCUGUCCACGCGAUCUAGGUGAAGCUUUCGGAAUACCUAGGCACGCAGCGCUACCUCCGGAUCAGAAACGCCACGAAAUCGUACUUCCUCGAGUCUCGACGCGGUCUCAAAUUGAGCAAAACUUGUCGGAUGUUAAAAACGUCAUUAAUAAUGGGCAUAUUCUCGCAAUAGAAAUGUCAGCGUGCGAGGCGGAAAGAAUCGAACGACAUCGUCGUCGCCGCGUAGCGGCUCAACUUAAGAGGGAGCUGUCAACUUGUAUGGCAUGCCACGAACAUAGAAUAAAAUGCGACAACGAUACACCAGCAUGUGGCUAUUGUCAAUUCAACGGGGAGGAAUGCUUAUACGCAGACACACUAUUAGGCAUAGCCCGUCUUUCCUCGAGCAGGAGACGAUGUGCACGUCUUGCUACCGGCUCUAACGCAGGGAUUGUACUCGACAAAAAUGUUGAUACUUUAGUGAAGGUUGAUUUGGUAAGGGCGGAAAAAAGCGCCUACGAAACGAUACUACAAUGGCCUUUCCUUCGUGAUCUCAACGUCGAAGGCCCUGUCAAGUCGUUCCCCUUGCAAGCUCCUACUAUGCAAGGUCUAGCCAUCGAGCCACGCGAUUGCGCAUUUGACCUAGAGCUUCAUAAUGAUAUAUCAAGCCUAUGCGAAACUUUCCUACGCUUCGUUCAUGUCAGGAACCCUAUCAUCGGAAUUUCAGAGUUUAGACGGUACGCUCGUGAAGUUGAUGAGCAUGGGCCGGGCUGGGACGGUCCGGGAUGUUUUAUAUUGCUUGCGUGUGCACUAGCCAAACUCGGCUUUUAUGGCUUUUAUGCCGACACCGCAAAACGUCUUAUUAGACGAUGGUCUUCAUUCAUCAGGGAAGACAUUCUAUAUAGGAAUAUAAGAGAGGCCAACGCAGAAAAAUUUUUCAACGAGGCUCAACGACGCUUGGGAAUACUUCCGAACUCUCUCAUCGCAAUACAGUGUACCUAUCUUGCGGGUCUCUAUGAACAAUCCGUUAUGAGGCCCUUAGAUGCUUGGCAUAGGUUCCAUAGUGCUAUCGUCCGUCUUCAAACUUCACACCAUUUGUAUCCAAACAGCGCCAGCCAGGGGGAGCAAGGAGAUGGACGUAUCGACCGGUGUUUAUAUUGGUUAUGCAUCAAAGCGGAACUUGAACUAAGAGCAGAGCUGCAGUUACCGGUUUUUAUAGGGUUCAGUCUGUUUAAUUUCAAACACCCCAAGCCUGCCUGGAUGAUCAAGCAAGAGAGUAGUGCCGCCGAGACUGAAUUCCCUCCCACACCUGGUUUGUAUGACUACCACGAAGCCGAAAUCCGACUUCGUGGUAUUAUGAACCAUGCCAUUAACGACCUAUACAACCUUCAGCCCUCCGAAUGGUUGUCUGAAAUAACCAAAUGUAUCAGGAUAUGCGCAGCAUAUAGCGAAGAGCUAGAGUCUUGGCGCGAAGACCUUCACCCUUUACUUAAUUUCCCUCCCCCUAUUUCGGAAACCUCGAUUUUUCCCAACGUCGCAGACAGCAUGCUCGCCAUCCUCCUACAAGUCAAUUACCUCUCUGUCAUUGAAUUGCUCCAUCGGCCAUUCAUAUACUGUAUCCUCGAGCGUGGUGAGUAUUUAGAUGCGACAGAUCACCCGCUCAUGUUUCCUCUAGCUCGACAAUAUCUCGACGCAAAUAAUGCAUUGAUAAAAUUGAUCGCUGGUACCUACUUGCAUCACGAGAGUACUUGGACCCUCGUGCGACGUUCGUUCGGAUGUUCUCUGAUCCUGCUUGCUGCCGUGAGAUACAAUUUUUGCAUAGACGACUUUUUGGAGUUACCUGAAGAUUGGCGUACAGUUGUAUCGAUGUCGAUGGGGACAAUCAAGAGAUGGGAGAGGCCUGGAGCUGAAGAGUUUCCAUGGAUGCGGAGAACUUUGGAGCAUCUGCUAGAAGUGGUCGAGAAAUGAAGAAGCUGUUUAUCUCAAGGCCAUAUUAUUUCUACGCUUUGGGGGAAUAGACGGAUGUUCUUUGAUGGCGCGAGGACCUUGCGUUUAGAUUCUUCAGGGAAUAGAUAUGGGGACAGACUAUUUGUGAAGAUAAGAAUAAAGUUGAAUUUCAUUCCUCG